GUAUACAACCAUGGCUAAGGACUAUUAUUCAUCACACCGCCAAAGGAAGAUUAAAGAGGGAAGCUUCCCCAACUAUAGCCUUGGUCCUUUGCAUUCCCUUAGGUUUAUUUCAGUUACCAUCUAUAGUCUGCUAGGCCGCUCUUCCCUGCGAUUACUCGUUCUCUAAACUGUACUCCCAUUUUCGCCUUAUCGUACGACCUGGCGCCCAACACACCAUUCUCAUCGAUUUACGGCGCUGCCUACUUUAGCCGCGGUCACAGUAGCGGCCAACACCUCAAAAGUUGUAGCUGAUUCCACGGGGAUAUGUUAAACAUUCUAUCCAGACCUUCUACGUGUGAUACUUCCGAUAAUGGAUCCCACAAUUGGUCUACUGUAGAUGGUCAUAGCCCGUGGAACAAUAUCUGGUUUGUGUUCGAUGGUCUUGACAGGUCUGAGAAUCAAAC